CAGCCUUCCUUCACCAGGGAAGAAAUCAUCCAGGCAAUGCGUGAUGCCGAUGCCCUCUCCUAUACUGGUGCCCGUGGAAACUCUUCCCAUGGCAGAUUCCUGAUUUCCCAAACCUUUGAACAGAUCCCAGCAGGCAAUGUCCUCAACAAAACAGAAAGCCUGGAAAGUCUGGUGGUAGAAAGGAACAAGAAGGCUGCUGGUCCCUUGACUCGUCAGGCUGCCCUAAAGAACCGACCAUGCUGGACCGCCGAGUGUGCGCCGGACCGGCGGCCCUGCUGCUGCUGCUGGCGGUCACCCUGGCCGGCCCGCGACCGGCAGCGUCAGCCGUGUUCUUCUUCAGCCGCGACGAGGUGACCCCGGCGCCGCCGCCGACACCCACCACGGCGCCCUGCGUGUGCUCGCUGGCCGACUGGUGCCGGCCCCUGUUCAAACCCAAAACUGAGGUCAACGAGGUAUUUGCGUUCGUCCUGAACACAACCCAGUCGACGUGGCUGACGUUCGACUGGAAGAAGCUCACAACGAUCGUGCUGUUUGACUUUAUCGACGCUGAGCUGGUCUGCCACGCUCACCAAAACAACGUGCGAGUCCUCCACAACGCCAACUUCCUGAAGGCGAAUGUCACGAACGCCACGUACCGGGCCCAGUGGGUGGCCGAGCACGUCAACUACACACGCUUCCACUACCUGGACGGCAUCAACGUCGACUUCGAGGACCCGAUGGACGCCAAGGAGCCGGCCCGGCAGGCCUUCGUGCAACUGAUGAACGACACGCGCAAGGCACUGCAGGAUUACAACGUGAUGACGGUGCUCAGCGUGGACGUGCCCUGGUCGCCGGACUGCAUCGACGGCCGCUGCUACGACUUCGUCGGCCUCCAGCGGCACGCCGACAUGUUCUUCGUCAUGGGCUAUGACCUGCGCAGCCAGGUGCACAGCGACGACUGCAUCGCUGGAGCAAACGCACCCCUGAACCAGACUCUGGCCGGCGUCAGGAAGUACCUUCAGCUGAACAUCACUGCCAACAAGCUGGUGCUGGGCGUGCCGUGGUACGGCUACGACUAUCCCUGCCUGAACGUCACCAACAACGGCACCCGGUGCUCCAUCGAGCGCGUGCCCUUCCGCAAGGUGAGCUGCAGCGACGCUGCGGGCACUGAGCGGCCCUUCAGCCGACUGGCCGUGUGGAGCAAGUACGCACUGGAGAGGUUCUGGUCCAACGCCUCGCAGUCCCCCUACUUCAAUGUCAAGUUCGAGAACUGGAACAUGACGCACCAGGUGUGGUUCGACAACUCGACCAGCCUGACGUACAAGUACAUGGGCGCCGCCAGCCUGAAGCUGCGCGGCGUCGGCAUGUGGGCGGCCAACUUCCUGGCGGCGGGCGACUCGGCCGAGGACCGGGCGCAGCGAGACGAGAUGUGGGGCGCGCUGCCCAGCUGGGACUGGCAGAGCUCGGAGCGACACCGCGGCGGCAGCGCGGCCGGCUCCCCGCAGCGACUCGAGUACAGAGAGAAGAAGACCGACCUCCACAGGAACGUCGAGCUGAGACUGCUGAAUAACGUCGCAACGAAUCGGCUCGGAAAGUCGCCCGGGAAGACUGACUGGAAGGGUCCGAUGAUCAAGGUCAAGUGAUCAGGAAGGUCGGCCCGAAGGGAGCUGGGGUAACGCAGAGGGGUCGAUUGGGGAAGGAGGGGACAGGGGUGCGUGAGAAGGCGGAGGAAGGGAGGCAGGGAAGAUGAGAGAACGUGUGGGAACACUCCACGCUACACGAAACUUGGGCCAAUAAAACGAAUUAAUAAGAGAUCUUGCCGCUCAGGUUAAACGAAUACGGAGCAUAUGUAGCAACAGUGAAAAAGACAUUAAAACGGCAGGAAACGUCUGCAUUCUUCGGAAGCGAAGACAGCUUACCCAUCGGCCAUCCAGGACCGGGCCAUCUAUGUGACAUGAAAUGCGUUUCAAGGGACGACGUAAAAUCGGGUUUCACUAAUUACUGUAUGAGCCAUUACCGUUUUAUUGAGUUUCCUCAUUCCACCGCAUCCAUGGUUUGAACGAUUGGCGACAAAAGCAUUGGAGUUUGUGGAUUGAGGACCUAAACAUUUACGCUGUACAUGUAACUGAGCUUGCGAAUGGCUGUUUCAAAGGACGAUGGCUGUAGUGAUUGACCCGGGGCCAUUGCUAGUUUUGCAUUGCAAACUGCAAUGGUGUAGCACGAAAGACAGCCUGUGCGUAACCGAGUGUUUUAAGCUUGAGGACAGACCUGCACUCUUCUAGUUAGUUCGGCUACUGCUGUAGAUAUGUGCAUAAUGUAAUGUCAGUAGGUCAGUAGUAAUUUCAUUAGACGAUUCAGUGUAGGUAUUAGGUAGCGGCAGAUGUCCUCGCAUGUCCAUGACUCUAUUGACCAAUGCCAAAAUACACCCUUAGUAAAUAAACGUUGAUUAGAUCAGAAUAGGUGCAACUUUGUACUGUGCUUAUCCAGCGUCGGCGUGGUGUGCCAGGAUAUUUUGCAAGCGAUUUGCGUCUAAUAUUGAGAAACGUUUAUAACAUGGUCAGGCAUGCACAAGUGAAAUGGAAUGUCCGAUGAGUUUUGCCGGUGCGCCAGCUCUGGGCAUUCAGCGACGCUGAAUACCACUCGCAACGAACGGGAGAUAAGAGCUCUGGGGAUUACUUGGACAGGGCAGCGGUAACUGUGACUAGAGCUGCCCCUACAUCCUAACUGCUGCAGGAUUACGCGCUGUGACCGCGCUGAAUAAAACCGUGAUGGAACGUCGUCAGAUGAUGCUAAAAUAAAUAUGGCAUUUAAAUAUAA